AUGAUCUCUCGUCCAUCAGACACAUCCGAUGUAUACUGCAAACUUGGUCAUUUACAUCUCUUGUUGGAAAAUUAUGAUGAAGCUCUCUCAGCAUACCAAAGAUAUUAUGCUAUUUGUCCAGAAUCUUGGAAGAAUGCAUCCUUCCUGUAUGGCAUCUCCAUGACCUACUUCCAUUUCCAAUUCCACCCAUGGGCAAUUAAAGGUUUCCAGAAGUUCCUAUAUCUGUACUCGGAUCACAGAUGCUGUGUUGAAGUUCAUAUAAGAUUAGCGUACAUUUAUAGUGCACUGAAGGAACACGAUUCUAGUCUCAAGCAUUUCCAACUGGCAUACAAUGACAGCAACCCAUCAACAUACACAAAAUAUCAAAUCAGAUUUUGUGAGGCCCACAUAUACCAGAUGAAGAAUGAUUGCUUGAAAGCAAAAGAAGUGUUUGAUGAGCUGAUAGAAAAUGCUUUGGUACCUGACUCAAUCAGAGCUGGAUCACUGAAACAAUUAGGGUGGAUGUAUCACACAAGUGAGAGUUUUGGAGAUGGUCAGUAUCGAGAUACGAUGGCGGUCAACAUAUUGAGGAAAUCCAUCGAAUUGGAACCAACCUCUGGACAGACGUGGUAUUUUUUGGGAAGAUGCUUAUCUAGUCUGGGCAAGGUUCACGACGCUUUUGUGUCCUACAGACAUUCAAUUGACAAGAGUGAGGCCAGUGCUGAUACCUGGUGUUCCAUUGGGGUGUUGUACCAGCAGCAGAAUCAGCACAUGGAUGCAUUGCAGGCCUACAUAUGUGCCGUUCAGUUGGAUCGAUCUCACUACGCUGCAUGGAAUGAUCUUGGAUUGUUGUACGAGUCAUGUGACCAGCUCAAUGAUGCUCUCAUAUGCUACGCCAAUGCUAUCAAGACUGCAAAAUGUUCGUUCUUGUUUUUUGUGCUGCAUUGUUUGGAAUUUGUUAAACUGGGUUUGGGAUUGAGUAGAAACAGAGUGAAGGCUCUGCAAACUCACAUCAGCAACACUCCGGCUGCUGUCUUUCAAGCCAAGCCGAAGAGUUUGCCCAGUAUUGAAGAAGCGUGGACGCUGCCCAUACCAGCUGAGCUGACAUCAAGACAAGGCAUCCAACAAAAAUCACUCCAACAGGCGCGGAGCAACAAUGAACGCGCAUUUUCACCUUCUAAGCAGCAGCAGCAACAGCAGCAACAACUUCAACAACAACUUCAACAACCGCAACAACAGCAGCAACUUCAACAACCACAGCAGAUCUCAAUGCAACAACAACAGCAGCAGCAGCAUUUAUUUCAUGCAGCGGGUGAUGAGCCACUGAGUAAGAAGAGAAAAACUGAUGAUGAGGUUCGUUUAUUGAAAUGCUUUCAUAUGCAAAAUUUCCAUUCAAAGGACUCAAAGUUAAAAGAGGAGAAAGAAGAUGAAGUGAAAGAGGUUCUGGCAGAUGAUGCUGCUACUACAGGUGGUAACCGACGACGUUUCUAUUUUGGUUACCUACCAACGUUUCUAUCUUCAAUUAACCUUAUUCACUGUGUUUGCUUUGCUUUGCUCUUGAACAAAUAUAUUCCAAUGUGUCGUCCACCGUCUCCACCACCAUCACCCUCUCCAAUUUACGGCGACAAACUUUAUCCUUCCGUUCCAAGUAUUUAUUUGGAGAGCAAGAAGGAUGUCUUCUCGAUAGAACUGCAACAAUAUUGUUAUUCGCAGAGCGUGUGCGUUGUCAGAGGUUUGGCUGGCAUCCUUAAGUUGGAUCUGGGUUUAUUUUCAACGAAGACGUUAGUGGAGUUGAACCCUGACCACAGAGUUGAGGUAAGGUCCCAAGUGCUUCAAGCACCAGAUGAUAACUACAAUGCAAGUGGUGAACAAGUCUGGUGGUGUGAUAGCACGAGGUCCUACACCACUAUCGCCAGGUAUGCUCACUACCAAGCUGCUUCCUUCCAGGAGUCUUUGAAGGAAGAAGAUGAGAAAUCUAAAGGACAUUGGAAGGAAAAAGAAUCUGAUGACGACUCCGUUUCAUCAACUUCUAAAAUAAAACGCACCAUGAUAAAAUUUGGAACAAAUAUUGAUUUGUCUGAUGAAAAUAAAUGGAGAGUUCAACUGCAAGAACUAACUAAACUUCCAGCUUUUGCUAGAGUGGUGUCAGCCAGUAACCUGUUGAGUCACAUAGGCUACAAUAUCCUCGGUGUAAACACAGUGCAGCUGUACAUGAAGGUUCCUGGUUCAAGAACGCCUGGCCACCAGGAGAACAACAACUUUUGCGGCGUCAACAUAAACAUUGGACCCGGCGACUGCGAGUGGUUUGCCGUGCCCCACCAGUAUUGGGGCUCUCUCUACAGACUCUGCCAAAGAAACAACGUGAAUUACCUAACUGGAUCGUGGUGGCCCAACUUGAAUGACCUCCGAGACAAUCAUAUUCCAGUGUAUCGGUUCAUACAGAAGCCUGGAGAUCUAGUCUGGCUGGGACCUGGAACUAUUCAUUGGGUGCAAUCUGUGGGCUGGUGCAAUAACAUAGCAUGGAACGUAGGAGCACCGAUAUGGAAGCAGUUCCAACUCUCUAUGAACAGCUAUGCAUAUAAUAAGAUCGAGCAUUUCAAGUCCAUCGUUCCAAUGAUUCAUUUGAGUUGGAACCUGGCUAGGAACAUUAAAAUCGUUGAUGCACAGUUGUACGAGAUGAUUAGAAGAACUCUGCUCUACACAUUAGACGCCUGCUGUCAGAAGAUGAAGUUCAUUGAGGGCCUCAAGAUGAAUGUUGAGUAUCAGCAGAAGAACGACCAUGACCCCGUAGCUUAUUGCGACGUUUGUCAGAUAGAAAUCUUCAACCUCGUGUUCACGAAGACACUGGACAAAGAUGGCAAGAUGUAUUGCUACAAUUGCGCCAGGAAAUGCAGUGGCCAGCUGCAGAACUUCAAUGUCUUCAUGCAAAACAAGAUCCAAAAUCUCUACGAGGUCAUCAACAACUUCCAACUAGGCAGCAUUGUUAGUCCCAUUGCUAUUUCUCUUAAUACUAAUAUUUUUUAA